AUCAUUCAAUAGAUACAUCGCCCUCGUACUGUGGGUCUUGAGGCAAUCCAUCCGAAUCCUCGUCUAUGUAUUCGGAACUUCGCCUCCAAGCCGCGAGGCUUUCCCUGCGUUCAUCAUUCCAAGUCAGAAUGGGGCUCACAUCAUAGACAUGAGGGAGCUUUGUGCGUAGGCCUGCGGAGCGUUUUAGCGUCUGUGUAUUUGUCUUUGUUGGGGCCAGCAGGACUUACCAUCGGCUUGAUGUCAGGGUGGGGAACUGCCUCGAAGACCUGGUACUCAAGCUUGAGCUCAGGCCCAAUCUUGAUGAAAGCGCCCUUGUUCUCGGUGGAAUCGCAGUACUUGGGCGCCGAGAACACCGUGAUGCAGCGACCAUCAUGCUCAACCUCGUAACCCUCCAUGCGAACCUCGUGCGAUCGGAUGAUCGCCUCCAGUCCGUUCUUCUCACAGAAGCGCUUGGUGACGUCGGGUCCGAAUUGAAGACCAACACCGCGCUUGCUGGGUCCACGACCAGGUUGGGUCUGCGGGUCGGUCCAGAGCAUCUCCAUCAUCAACCCCUGCUGGCCCGGCUGGCGCUGGUUGUGGCGGUUCAACUUGCGGAUAUCAUCGAGGGUAGUGUUGUCGUCGGAGAAGAGACCACCGUGGAGAACAAGGUACUUGUUACCGAUCAACGUGGCCAAGGGCAGAGCGGAGAAGGACUCCGAGAAGACCUUGAAGGUGGUCUCGUUGUACUUAGCCUUGCACUCGCCCUCAAAACCGUACACCUUAUUCAUGUCGUCCGUCUCGUGGUUGCCACGGUUCAAGAAGAUGCGGUUGGGUCUCAGCCACUUGUACGCGUAGAGAAGCAGAGCAAUCUCAGUCGACCACGACCCCCGAUCCACAAAGUCACCGUUGAAGAGAUAAGCAUUCGUCUCGCUCGGGUAGCCGUUCAAUCGGAAGAUCUCAAGCAGGUCGAAGUAUUGUCCUGUCCCACGAUCAGUCUUCACCAGAAAACCAGAAAACAACAGCGCGCUAGGUCCCUACCGUGCGUAUCACCACAGACCGUCAAGCGGGUGCCCUCCUCGACGCCGACCUCCACCAUCGUCGGCUCAGCGUAGACGAUGUCCUUCACGGCCUUGAUUAUUUGGAAGACGUACUUGCGGUGAAUCUUCUUGCCGUUCUUGAACCGCUCGAUCAUAUCGUCGAUGAAAUCCUGGGUCAUCUCGUUCUUCUCCAACCGCACGCCAUCGUAGCUAGCAUCCACAGCAAUCGAGUCGAUGUCCAGGCUCUCGAAAGCCGAGGGCGGGUCGCUGACUUCGAUGGCCUUCUCGAACUCCAGCCGGCGGACCAGCUUCUCACAUUCGGCGAGCUUCAG